UAUGCCAUUGGACACCUCUGCCGCCCGAUCCCGCUCUUUUCCCAAACUAGGGGGAUUAAAUCAAACAGCUAGUUAAUUUCAUCGCCGUGCGGGAGGUCAGCGAACGCAGCUCCAUCUCUGAGGACUUCUGUGCAGCACGCAGGCCAAAGCAUCCAUCCAUCAAGAUGUCCAGCAAGCGAGCCAAGGCAAAGACCACCAAGAAGCGCCCUCAGCGUGCCACCUCCAAUGUCUUUGCCAUGUUUGACCAGUCACAGAUCCAGGAGUUCAAGGAAGCUUUUAAUAUGAUAGACCAAAACCGUGAUGGAUUCAUUGACAAGGAGGAUCUGCACGACAUGCUGGCAUCUCUCGGGAAGAAUCCCACUGAUGAGUACUUGGAAGGCAUGAUGAGUGAAGCUCCUGGGCCCAUCAACUUCACCAUGUUCCUCACCAUGUUUGGAGAGAAGCUAAAUGGUACUGAUCCAGAAGAUGUCAUCCGCAAUGCUUUUGCCUGCUUUGAUGAGGAGGCCACAGGCUUCAUUCAUGAAGACCAUCUGCGUGAGCUGCUCACCACCAUGGGGGACAGGUUCACAGAUGAAGAAGUUGAUGAAAUGUAUCGAGAAGCCCCCAUUGACAAGAAAGGCAACUUCAACUAUGUGGAGUUCACUCGCAUCCUGAAGCAUGGUGCCAAAGACAAAGAUGAUUAAAACGGAGAGAGAUCCUGACUUCUGGCUGCCCUGUGUCCCAGUCCCCUUGCUCCUCCUCGAAGUUUCCCUGGUGUCACAGUCAAGUGUUAGAAUGGGCUACCCAGAGAGGGAUAUGCUAUGGAACAUUUCAACAGAACUAGCCCUAUUCUAAAUGAGGAAUAAGCUAGUUGCAUGCGCGCGCGCGCGCGCGCGCGCACACACACACACACACACACACACACACAGAGUGGUACUGAUCCUAUAUUAAAAUUAACUCCUUGCUUGUCAUGGAGUCAGGUCCUUGUAACCUCCCCACUUUCAAGCAGCCUAAACUGCAAAUGGAGGGAGGAGGAAAAAGCACUGCAGAAGCAUCAGACUAUCUGACCCAUACAUCUAAUUCAUACAGCCAUUCAGCAUUGGAUCUAAUAUAAUCCAAAGGGGCCAGUUGUGAUUACCAUUUCAAGACUUUUACUUAAACAACAGAUGCCUCUAUUGUUGCAACUGUUGAUUGCAUGGAGAGAGCACUUUUAAACUUGCAGAGUGACUUACAAGCUUUAUUUAUAUCACCACCACAACCCUGUAAAGGCAAGCACUAUUGUUCCCAUGUUAUAGAUGGGAAAGUGAGACAAGCAAAUGCUCUGGGACCACAUUUUAAGGAUGCUUCUGCACAGAGGCCCCUUAGUGCUAGCAAUCAAAUGAUACUGUGUACCUAUUCAAUCUUUUCUUAACAGAUUUUUUCCUAGCAAGGAAAAAAGAUGGUAGUGGCAGUGAUAAACAUGAGAUGGCUACAAGUGCCUGCCUUUGUGGCAGGCAAUGGCAAAAUAAGUCUCAUCUAGAAGCAUCCAGACUUUAUAGAAAGGUGAGGUUUGAUUUCGGAUCUCGCCAGUCCAAAAUACUCUCUACUUGCUGGACCAUACUGGCUUUUAACCUCAUUGUUUCCAUUAAACCCCUUCAAACCUCACUGACACCAGUCUAGCCUUGGGAUGGUGUCGCUUGCCUGGGACAGCCUACGCCAUUUUGCACUCGUGAUGCUUUCCACAGAAAGAGCACCUCUGCAUCUGCGGAUGGGCAGCACACAUCUGAAACACUCCCUGCCCCCAGUGGAACAAAGACAACUUUGAAAUCCCAAGUUUCCUCAAUUUCAUUCCAAAUCCACGUUGCCUGCACACACAAGAUGUGAGCUAUACUGCUGACAUGAUUAUUCCAGAAAGUGUGAAAUCCUGUUCUGCACAAAUUCUAUUUCCUCCCCUAACCCAGCAUUUAAAAUAUAUUGCUGGCUACCUGAAAAGCCUAAGCAAGAAGAGCACAAAAGUGAAGAUCUCACUGAUCCGUCACAUCUAAUUCAGAUUUUCCUAACCUGAUGUCCUCCAGCUGUUGGCUUACAGUUGCCAUCAUCCGGACUAGCACAGCCACUGGCCAUUCCGCUUGCUUCCUCCCUCGUCACUGGCCAUGUUGGUUGGGUGGAUGAUGCGACUUGUAGUCCAACACGACUGCAGAGUGCCCCAUUGAUCUAAUUUAACGGAAAAAUCUUGUUUUAGAAGAGCUUGCUUUGAUGAUUUCAUUCCCUUUAUUUAAAAAGAAGUACACCUUUUGGAAUAUUUCAGAUUAGCUUGUACAAGUUAGUAAAAUAAAGGUGUAGCCUGUACAGUUGUUUGUUGAUAAUCAGACCAAAGUUGUUGUAACGUAAAGGAAAAGUAUUGAAUUGCAUAAAAAGAAUAUAAUACAAAUGUA